ACAUCGAACAGCUCCACCGCGUCGCAAACAUGGGCAAGAAAAGAAAAGCUGGAGGCCGCUAUGGUGAGUCCAAGGAACCGAAGGAGGAAAACUCAAAGCUUGCGAUAAGCACGUACGAGGACGUCGCCGAUUCAGAGGACGAAUUCCACAUCAAUCGCGAUAAGAUAUUACUGGAUGAUGGGCCCGCUGCGAAGAAGCUGCGCAAGUGGAGGGAAGAGGACGAGUUUCUGCAACCUGAAGACGAGGAGGUUCUCGACUACGACGAGGAUGAUGAUGAGGACGACAUCGAGGAGGAGCGAUUCGACGAGGAUGCUGAGGUAGACGAAAAUGAUGCGCGCAAACCUGAGGCCGAAGACGACGAAGAUAUGGAGGGCUGGGGCCCGUCAAAGAGAGACUACUACAAUGCGGACGCAAUCGAAACAGAGCAGGAUGCGCUUGACGAAGAAGCGGAGGCUCUGCGGAUACAAAGGAAGCAAUUACAGUCAAUGACGGAGGCAGAUUUUGGCUUCGACGAGGACGAGUGGGCGCGUCAGGACGGCGAUGCAGGCGCAGAUUCGGGCAAAGUGGUUACGGAAGUGUUGCCACAACUCCGGAUCACAGCUGACAUGUCUGAGGAAGAGAGACUAAAGAUUCUACGUUCACGAUACCCUGAGUUUGAACCGAUUUCGCAAGAAUACCUCCGGUUACAGCCAGUGCACGACGAGCUGGCUGCCGCUGCCAACGCCGCUGCACGUCUCAUCAAAGCUCAUACCUCAAAAUCUGGAAAGUGGAGCGCAACAUCUCUACCCGUUCCGAUGACGAUCACCAAGUACCGAGCUUGUGCAGCGUACCUAGCGGCUAUGUCGAUGUACUUUGCAGUCCUGGGAUCGACAGCACAGGAAGGUAAUUCCAUCAUGAUUGCAUUAGACCCCGCCGAACUCCACGAACAUCCCGUCAUGGAAAGCCUACUCAAGACUCGAACUCUUUGGGAAAGAGUGGAGAGUUUGCCAGUUGGAGACCCUAUGGUAGAGGCGGCACUCGCCGAUGAGUUGUCAGUAAUCGACGAAGCAUCAGCUGUUGAGACCGGCAACGAUCUAGAUGUAGCAGUGAAGGAGAAGAAGCCGAAGAAGAGCAAAGCUCAACGCGCAGCCGACCUAGCACAAGCGAGGUCCGAGGCACGCCGGGCAGAGAAGCUGCGUCAAACCGAAGAGGAGCUUGCAUCUCUCGCUUCGCUUACUGGAUCCAAAGCACUCAAGGCUUCUCGCAAGAAGAAGGCCGAGCAGCCAAAGAUCAACCUUCUCAAUGCAGAAGACUCCGACUUUGGCGAGGAGACAGAGCUUACGGCACACGAACUUGCACAGAAGGCUGCCAAGAAAAAGAGCUUGCGAUUCUACACCUCGCAAAUCACACAGAAGGCGAACAAGCGCGAUGCUGCAGGUAAAGACCAGGGUGGCGAUGCCGACGUUCCUCACCGCGAGCGCUUGAAGGAUCGCCAGGCCCGCCUGCAAGCGGAAGCUGAGAAGAAGGGCCAAAACAGGGCGGGUCCAGGUGCUGCUCUUGGUGAAGGCGGCGACAGCUCCGACGAGGGCGAUGCCGAGCCACCGCGUCCUGAAGACUUCGAAGAUGAGGAAGGCUAUUAUGAUAUGGUGGCAGCAAAGAGCAACGCGAAGCAGCAGCAAAAGGCCGAUCGCGCUGCAGCAUAUGCCAAAGCCGCCGCAGAAGGAGCUCAAGUCAUUGAACAGGAAAUCAUCGGCGAAGAUGGGAAGCGAGCAAUCACAUGGGCAAUCGAAAAGAACCGUGGCCUAACUCCCCACCGGAAGAAGCAGAAUCGCAAUCCGCGUGUCAAGAAGAAGAUCCGCUACGAAGCCAAGAAGAAGGCGCUCAAGUCCCAAAAACCAGUCUUCGACGCCGGAAAGAAAGCCAAGGGCGGUGCUUCCUACCAGGGAGAACUUACUGGUAUCAAAAAGGGAUUGGUUAGGAGUAGAAAGCUGUAGGAAUAAUGUGAUAUGCCGUUGCACAGUCGGAACGAUUGGACUCGGUCCGAGUUCACCUAACAAAGACUCCAUUUC